GCGCGGGGCCGGGUGCGCGCAGGCGCGCGGGGGCGGGUUUGAACGGUGGCGGCGGCGAUUCUGGAGCUUCUGCGAACGGAGCCGCUCAUGGAGCCCGUCCUGAAAGGUAUUUCAGCAUUCGUAGAAGUUUGGUCAUCUAACAGAACAGAAAAUUACUCGAAAACCUUUGAACAGCAGCUUGUUGAUAUGGGAGCAAAAGUUUCAAAAACUUUGAACAAGCAUGUGACCCAUGUCAUCUUCAAAGACGGACGUUUGGCUACAUGGAGAAAAGCACAGAAGAUGGGUGUGAAAAUAGUUUCUGUACUGUGGGUGGAGAAGUGUCGAGAAACUGGAAUGCAUGCUGAUGAAUCUUUAUUUCCUGCAGUGGACACUGAUGAAGAGUUACCACUGCAGAUCAAAAAACACAGAUGUAUGCAGCCAGAAGACUUUGUUGAAAAGACUCCAGAAAAUAAUAGAAAGCUGCAAAGAAGACUGGACCAGAUGGCUAAAGAAUUAGCUGUACAAAAGAUAGCAAUUGAUUGUGAAACUGAUGUACCAGUUUUACUAUUUGAAGACAGUGGCUCGCUUGUGUAUAGCCCUGCUAAUAAGAUAAAAGAUCAAUGCAGUGCAAUGGAAAAAAGAAUAAAGGAGAUGAAGGAAAAAAGAGAAAAUCUUUCUCCUACUGCUUCACAGAUGUCUCAAGUAUCUCCAAGUAGUUCAGCAGGAGACCGCCCGCUGUCAACUUGUGCCUUAACUAAUUCAGAAGAUGCAUUGUUGCCAGGAGAACAAAUGGAAGACUGCUUGAACUCAAGUUACAAUUGUCUUUGGGGAACUGGUAAAAUAAAGAGACGGAAAACAGAGGUAGUAAAACCCGCUUGUGAUACUUGGACAGAUAUUCAUGUAUCCAUGAGUGCAUCAGUGAAUUCUCCCUCACAAAGCUAUGAGCAGAAAAAUGUAACACCAAAACAACGUAGCAGAAGAAGCUUAAGAAAGAAACAGAUUUUGCAGUAUGCUUUGAAUGAUAAAUUGUCGUUAGAUAAGAAUGAUCUAAAAACGCUCCCAAAAGAUGAAACUAGCGUGACUACUUCAGUUGCAAGUGAAAGUUCUGUUUUCCAAAUCAAGGAUUUAGAUCAUGUUACUCCUUCCAAAAAAACAGUCAAGUUAAACACUGUUCCUGCUUUGACUGACAUUGUCUCUAAUUCACCUAUGAACAGCGAAGACUUUAAUAUGUGUUCAGAGGAUAGAAGCUUCCCUGUUGACAGUAACGACUGUGUUCUUGAAGACAAGCAGAGGAAGAAACGACAAACACUAUCUAGUUGGACACUGGCUACCUCAGAACUGGAUCCAUCAGGGUCUAAAGAGUCCUUGCAAGCACAUAAUACAUAUAGCAAGUCUUUUUGUGCUGAAGAGGAUUCUUAUGAAGACUUCUUUGCAUCGUGUAACUUGAAUGAAAAUGAAGUACAGGUACGAGUACCAAAGGAAUCGCAUAAUCCUCCUGAAAUUUCUUGCAGAGACUCUCCUACAAGCAUGGACUCAAUCGAUGCAAGUUUCUGUAAGCCACAUACUACUCCCAAGAAAAGCAGGAAAAAGUCUAUUUCAGCAAAUGAUGUUUCAGUAAAGAAAAACUUCAAACCACCUGAACAUCCUGGAAGAUUGCCAUUAAAUUAUAUGACAGAUGGUGAAAAAGCUGAGACUGUGGAAGCUUUAGAUUUUGAUGAUGUGAAUAGGCUGCCUCAGCAUGCUGUUGAAAAAGUCUACAAAACCGACACGAAUUGCUGUAGUCGCACUACUGGUGAUGAAAAUGAAUUUUCAGAGUAUCGCGUUACUGAUGGCUCUCGUGAAGUUUCUAAUGAACAAAAGAAUAAGCACAAUGAAGGGUUAAGAAAAACUAGAAGACUCCAAAAGACAACAAGGACACUAGUUAUGACGAGUAUGUCUUCUGAGAUGCAAGAUGUUGUAAUUCAGGUGGUGAAUAAACUUGGAGACUUUUUGUUCUCAGAUGAUGUAUGUGAAACAACAAGCCAUGUAGUUACAGGGAGCCCUCGUCGUACCUUGAGCGUUUUGCUGGGAAUCGCUCGUGGGUGUUGGAUUCUUUCUUAUGAAUGGGUUCUGUGGUCUUUGGAAUUGGGUCAUUGGAUCUCAGAGGAACCAUAUGAACUUUCAUCCAGCUUCCCUGCAGCUCCGAUCUGCAGACUUCAACGUCACCUAUCAAAAGGAAAAUACCAGCAGAAUCUCUUUUCAAACCAGCCUGUAAUGUUUGUAUCUCCUACCAGUCAGCCACCCUGCAAAAAGCUAAUUGAACUUAUACAGCUGUCAGGAGGGAAAAUAUGUAAAGCCUUACAUCAGGCAAAAAUCUGUAUAGGAAAAAACACAGGAAAGAAAUAUCAAGAAAUAAAAUGUCUAUCAGAAAAAUGGAUAUUAGAUUCAAUCACUCAGCAUACAAUAUGUCCCAUGGAAAACUACAUUUUUCAGCUGUGAGCUAACUCAAGAGCUUCCAUAUGGCUGUAAGGAAACAAGCCUAGUUUGGAUUCAACAAAAAGCUAAGCUGUGAAUAAAAUUUCUAAGAAAACUCUAGCUGCAUAUUUAUAAAUAUAGGGAAAUGUUUUACGCAUUUUUAUAACUUGUGUAAGUGGUCAUCUUGUGAAAUAUUCAGGUUUUUAUAAUAAAGUACCUCCUAAAUAAAAGUCAUCUUGCUUUUAUUUAUUUGUUGAAGGCUCUUGGACCUAAAAGUUGAGCGAAUCAUUAUUCACUGGGAGGAAGCGGAAAGAUAUUUUCUAAUCUCCAAGUGAGGUUGAUCAUAUUACAGUGCAAUUAGUCGAUCGGCAUUCAGUAUGGGUGGGCGUGCCUGAGCCACUCUGGUGCCAUCAAGCAGGAGCUGUGCUACCACUGCAGACACGUGGAUCCUUUAGGCUCCUCAAUGCUGAGAGACAACAGCUGAGGGCCCGUGUUGCCACCUCUUUGCGACCAUUGCUAAUUAUGUUUCGUUGGUAAAAUGAUAAGGUUGCACACCUUCUGGUCUAGAGUUGCACUUCUAAACUGAUUUUUCAGAAGUAACUGACACUCAGUAAUUCUGCUCAGAUACGUACUUGAAGUAUAACUUCAUUUUAAUAUCUUUAAUGGCAUUUCAAACUGUGUCUCCCUUACCUCUAGUCUGAA